UGUCGGAUGUUUUAACGUGUAACACCACCCGGAACUUGUAUCACUGCCCGGAAACGACCACUGUGAGGCGAACAGAAGUACCCGAAGGAAGACGGGGGCACUAAAAAUUGACACGGGGCGGAAAAUAUUUGGCCGACCAUAAUCCGCAUAAAAAUUAAGCGGAAAACGGCCUGGAAGGGCAGUUUCGGUCGAAUAUUUUAGGGUGAGAACGCCAUCGCGCGAGGUUGAGCGUUAGCGAGCGCCAGCGGAAAUUGGGGUUUGUUUUACGGAUCGAAAACGAUGGAGAGGCCUGCGAGAGUGUUUUUCCACGGGAUGAGGAAAAAUGACCUGCUAACCUGAAAUCGGAAACCGCCUUUGUGCACAUCUACGCUUUCGGCGCCCUUUUUAGCAUUAUUAUUUUCACGCAUUGCUCUUCAAGAGGACUUUCUCCGUUCACGAGCAGAGGGAUGUGAUUGAAAAAGAGAAUUCGGCUCUUCCCCUCUCCCUGAUCCCCCUCCACAGUCCACACAACCAUCCCGAAAAACAGUCAGCGCUUUUCUUCCAACCUGCAAAGGAUUUGGACUGACAGGGCUCUGCCCACAGCAGAGAGAAGGAAGAACUACUUGGUCAUACCACUCUGCUGUGUUUGUGGUCUUCCAGCUGAGGUGCUAUAGACAGAGGUUGGAUACAUCCUGUGGACUAUCUGACCUUUCUCCUUGUCACUCCAACUUGGAACAAUUGAAAAAAAGUUGCUCAAAAGGAAUUUUCUCUUUAAAUGAAGACAUUACUGAGGAAAUCAAAAAGUGGGACCAUUUCAUUCAGAAGUUGUCAAAGGAAUACACCAAUAUCAAGAAAGAAAGACAUUCCCUCGUUGCUUCAGUUUUAAAUGGCUUUCAACACUAAAUGAUUUGCUUUGUAUAGAUAAACACAUUUUGUGAAGCAAAUUUUCAUAUGGUAUAAGUACGUGUAUUAGUAGAUUAAUACAUGGUAUUAGUACAUUAGAACAUGUUUUUACCAUUUUAACUUUAGAUAUAGUAAUAUUGAAAGACUAAUGCAGACCUGUGUUUAUUGCAUGAUAUUGUAAACCACCUUUCACCCUUUUUUAUAUUUAUAGAUUAUUAUUUAAUCCAAGACUUCCAGGGUUUAUCACAUGUAGUGGCCCAAUACUAUAACCAGAACUCUGUUCGUUUUGGAUGGACAGUCACAACAUCAGAAAAAUUAUUCCCACACAGGCAUUUUUUUUUUACUGGAGCUGCUAGCAGAUUUCUUUAAAGCUUUAUAUUGAUUAUUAGUGGCCCUAGGACCAGAUUCUUUCUGAACAUCUUUUAGGCCAGAUUACAUUGUCCUCUUUACUGCAAAAAUCAUAAAGUAACUGGUAAAAAAAAUCAUAGUAACUACCCUCAACAGUGUGAGGGAGAUGUUCCAGUUUGGAAAGUACCCUAUGGACAUUUUAGAAAUGCUUAGUGGACACCAGGCUCACCAGUUCAAAGGACUGGGGCUGGAAAGACAGUUGCAGCACCAACAACAGGUCCAACUUCAGCACCAGCAGCAGCUUCAACAGCAGCAGCAACAACAGAGUGAGGCAUCUGGUGGCCUCCUGUCUGGGCUUAGCCUUGGUUCCCUUCAAGGAUCUAGAAGUAAUGCAUUUGCGGAUUCUUCAUCCUUAUUUGCCAAAAUGAGUGCACCCCCUCCACCUCUUCCACAACAAACUCAAUCCUCAUCCUCACAAAGCACACGUAAAUCAAGCAAGAUGAGCAGCAGCAGUGGGAGUGGCAGUUCUGCCUCUGGCUAUCCACAGUUUAUACGCACAUUUCACCCUGCUGAGGCAGCUCUAGCACAGGAGCAGCUUCACUCAGGAAUGGGGCGUUUUGAUUUUGCAGGAGGAAGUACUGGAGGAGGCUCUGGGGUAAUUGGAGGAGUUGUAACAUCAGCACCACCGCCACCACCCUUGCACCCUGGCCUCUCUGUUCCUCAGCCAUCUCCUGGGCCAUCCUCAUCAUCUCCCUCCCCUUCGAGUUCAACGACCACUUCUAAUAAUCCCCCCAGCAGUAGCAGCUCAGUGGCAGGAUUAGUCGGAGCCCAGUCUGAUGCAAGAAGUUUGCACCAGCAGUUCAGUUGCAUGCUUGCUGCAAACCAAUACCUGUUUUCUGGAGUGCCCACAAAUGCCAGUUUAGAACAAUUUCUAGUUCAGCAGGGUCCCCAUAAUCAUCUCGGUCUUGCAGAUUCAAAUACAGGUCUUGCUCCUCCUCCAGCCCUCCAUCCUUCGCACUCCCAUGGCCAUCCAACUCCCCAGCCCCAACAACAGCAGCAGCAGCUGCCACCUCAUGCGUUGUCCCACCCUCACAGCCAUGCGCAUCCACACCACCCUCUACACCCUGCCCCCCAACCUUCACCUCUUGGUGGUUUUGAUUUCCAAGGUAUUCCUGUUCUUUCGUCUAAUCAGCUGGCUUCCCUAAUGCAACAAGAAGCAGGCUUGCCUUUGCCACUCCCACUCCAUCUCUCCUUACAAAAAGAUGAUGGGAAAGGAGAUAGUGGAUCUGGGGCUGGAGGAAGUGGAGGUAGUGGCAGCAGGAGAAAGAAAGCCAUGGCUGGCUACCUGCCCCAGAGAAAGACAGAGAAUAACAGUAGCAGCAGUACAAGCAGUGCUAACUGCCAUGCCAGCUCUGGGGCACAUGGUCAUGAUGGGUCCUCUGGUCUUGUGGGAGGAGGUGGAGGGGUUGGUAUGAGGGGUCUUGGUGGUGACCCCUCCUCCAUCCUCUCUUCAUCAACACCGUCCUCCUCUUCUUCAACUGUCUCCUCCUCUUCUUCCUCUGCCCCAUCUUCAAAUUCUGCUUCUGUGCUGGUAUCAAAUAUCUCUCAAAACCCCAAGUCUGAAAAUCAGCAAUCAAUGACUCCCAAUAUCACACAGCCAGAACAAGAAUCUCUCUUUCAUUGUGGAGAGUGUGGCAAGUCUUUUACCCACCUCACGAGCCUUCGCCGACACAUACGCUGCCAUGAAGAAGAAGGUGGUGGUCCCAACAGCAGCACAAACACAAACCCAAAUCAUCAGCAUCAAUCAGAUCUCCCUCACUCAACACAAGAUGGAAUUUCACAAAAUGCUCACCAUCAGCAUGAGAAUACAGACCCCAUGUCUUCCACUUGCUCAAGUCCAGAUAAGUCAUACUGUUGCAAUGAAUGUGGAAAGGGGUUCAAGAAGAGAGGACACCUCCUUCAGCAUGGCGUCAUCCACUCUGGAGCUCGACCAUAUGCCUGCUCCGUCUGUGAGCGUUCAUUCAACCGCAGAGAAUCUCUCACUCGACAUGAGAAAAUUCAUGAAGAGAAGCCCUACCGCUGCCCUGCUUGUGGCCGCUGCUUUAGAGAGAGCACUUCUUUGCUUAACCAUGCUGCAUCAGGUAACUGUGGCAAGCCAGGGAGGAGAUCUAGAAGCAGUGAUGGUAGCUCAAUUAGUUCAGUAGAGGGCAAGGUUGAAAGUGAUUUUCCAGGUGGACAAAUGGAUGACACAAAAGAAUUGGUAUUUUGCAAAAAUGAGGAUGGCACAACAGGGAUGUCUUGUGACAGUAUGUAUUCACAGGGAAGAAGUGUUAACCAAAAUCCUGUGUGCAAAACUGAAGAAAAGUAUAAUCCUGAGUAUUCGAGAGAUCCUUACCAAACAUCCUACAGAGUCGAUGACUAUCGUCGUCAACAGGGCAACCCAUCAUCCUACUCUGGAGACUCCUGUAGCAACAGCAUGUCAAGUUCAGCCCUUAGAAAAGCUCCUUUAGCUCCAACACUUCACCCACACCCUCAAAAUCAGCAGCACCAUCACCAACCGCAGUCUCAUCUGCCUCUUUCCUCACUUUUGGAUGACUCUGAAGAUGAAGUCACUAGUAGUGCCAUGUCUGCCAUUGCUGCAGCUGCUGCUGCCUCCGUCUUGCCUGCUGAGAUGAACAAUAAUGGGGGACGAGAGGAACGGAGAGACAUUAUCGGAGGUCUGUUAGGAGGGCUUGGGUUCGGGUCUAUGGGUGCCUCUUCAUCUACAUCUGCAGGAAAUGGUGGGAAUGAAGAAUGCCUGAAUGGUUCAAUGAUACCCUUAUCUCACCCCACCCAACAGCAGCCUAACUCGCAGAAUGCCAACAAUCCUAAUGCCAAACCCAAGCGGCCACGGAAGCCCAGACAGAAAAGAGAGCCGAGACCUGGUGGGGCUCCAGGAGAAGGAGUGAAACGUCGGAGAAGCAAUGGUGCUGCUGGAGAUGGUUCUGAAAGGCCUUAUUUAUGCACUGUUUGUGGUCGGGGCUUUAGCAGACGUGAGACCUUACGUCGACACGAACGUGUGCAUACAGGGGAAAAGCCAUUUCAUUGUGACAUCUGUGGUAAAGACUUUCGGGAGCCGUUUCACCUUACCAAGCAUCAGACUGUUCACUCGGGGGAGAAAAACUACAAAUGCACCCUCUGUGGAAAAGAUUUUGGAUAUGCACAGAGUCUGAAAAGGCAUGAAAAACUGCAUCUACGGGGAGAUUUCAAGCCAAGGCGGAGUAAAACCAAAUCCGCUGCAAAUCAAGGGGCACCCACUAAUCAAGAUCAAGCUGAUCAAACCAAUCAAACCAACCCUGGAGCUUACUACUCCUAUUCUCAGGAUAAAGUUCAAGGAUCUAAUGCUACCACAAGCAACCAACCCCCUCCUAAACUAUAUACUUGUGAGAUUUGCUGGAAAUCUUUCCGCCAUCAUUUCCACUUGACUGCCCAUCACCAAGCCAUUCAUGAACAUGGAGGGGAGAAACUUUUCUCGUGUGAAGUGUGUGGCAAGGCAUUUUCUUACUCCAACAGCCUGACCAGACAUAGAUUAUCUCAGCAUGGUUUGACUCGUACUGGGCCUACAACACAACCAACAGGAAAUGAUUCUAUUGGAACUGCCCCAUCUGUCUCCGAGAGUGAGGCUGCAACCAAUGCACUCCUUCAUAUAACACCUGAAAGUGGCAGUCAUGGUGUACAACAGUCCCAUUCAACUAUCGCUCUCACGCAGCAUCCUCAGCCUGCUGGUUAUUCUCCACUAUUCUACACUCCAGAAUCAGGACAUCAUAGUUCAAAUGUCACUUCUCAACCCCAACAUCUGCACUACUCAAACCCCACUAUGGGUCCCCUCCAUCUUCAACCACCAAUCACAGGGAAGCAGCUAAUGUAUUCAGGGGUUCCAAGUAACACUGUUCAUUCCACCCCACCUCAUAUCCACAUUUCACCACCCCAGCACUCUCAACAUCACCAGCAACAGCACCCUUUUUCGAUGCAGUCUCAACAUCUACAGCAAAGCCAUCAGGCCCAGGGAGAUUCCACCCAGAAGAAGAAGAAAAAAAAAAAGAAAAAAUAUAAACUGGCUAGUAGCAUGCAGUUGAUGAGUGGAUUCAAUGCUUACGAAAUUGCCAGGAGGCAUAUGUAUUUAAAACGAAGGAAGUGCAGGCUUCAGCAGCAGCAAAAGAGGAAGAAGUGGAUAGCUCAGCUGAAAUGGGCCAAGUUUACUGGAGGAGGGCUUGGUUUAAAUGUAGGUGGAGGCACAUGGCGUGUGGGGCGGUUAAGGUUCAGAGGCCUACGGUCUCUUGUUGCUCCCUUAAAGUCAUAUACUUGCCCUAUCUGUCCCUUUACCACUUUUUCAAGCCGCAUAACUCUUUCAGUGCAUCGUGUAACCAGGCAUCCACCAAGAAAACAUGGGCUUCAGACUCGCCUGUGUUGCAUAGUCUGUGGAAAACGUUCUCAAAGGCUACUAACAGCCCUCCGUCAUCGGGCCCACCACCUGUCUCAAGAGGCAUUCUCUUGCUCUCAAUGUCCCUCUCGAUUCUGGAAUGGCACCCUCCUACAGCGCCACAAAUUUGCCUGUCGGCGUGUCAGUAGAGGAAUCAGAAUGUCAAUAAAGGGGACUAAUCAACAGAAGGCAGAGGACAAGACUGAAAGAUCAACAGUAGUGACAGGUUACAGGCACUAAGUAAAUUGGCAUCUUAAGAUAGUAGAAGGCCGAUAAAAACUCAUGUUUUUGAGGCAAGGAUCACGUGCAAGUAGGCAUAGAGGACUGGUGGAAAUCGCCACACAUUCAACUCCUUAAAAGUGGUCAGACUAUAACCAAAGGAGUGCCUCGUGAAAAUAAAAGACUCCAUUCACGUGAAAACAAGCCUGUACCUAAAGAACCAUCCAUUAUAGACAUGGAUCUCUAACACGGUUUCUCCAAAGGGGAAGAAUAUUCUAGAAUAUGGAACUGUUUAUUUUUUUCUUUCUUUUGUAGCACCUUUGUUGUAAUGGUAGCAUCUCUAUCCUCUAAAAAUGCAUUCAUUAUGUAUUUUCGUAACUUUAUUUGUGCUGCAAUGAUGGAUGCAUACCGGUGAAAGUGAACUAAUUUGAACAGUAACAAUCUAUUCUCUUAACUAGUUUCUCCCAAGUAAUCAGAGCUUAACAGUAUAGCCUUUGUUUACUCUCAAUUAUACGUAGCUUUUUUGUUAAUUGUGGUGUUGUUUUGUCCCCCCCCCCAACUUUUGCUGUCUUCAUGUUAAAAUGCAAAUGUUUGACCUGGAACUGAAAGUUACUGGUGUUGGGGAGAGAAUCAAGUACAUAGUGUGUAUUCACUAUGAACAACUUCAAUUAUGACACUCCAUGUUGAAUUUAACAGUGUCUCAAAGAGGACUCGCUGCAGUGAAACUGUCAAAACGUGCAAAAUAUUCUGCAGAACUAAUUAGGAGGGGACAGAAAGGUGUUCCUUAAUGCCAUGUUCCUGUGUUUAAUGUCAUCUGUUUUUUAAGAAAAAUGUAAAGAAACCUUUGCAGGUGUUUCUAUGGAAAGUGUUAAUGUCUUUGGUUGUGAGAUUGGCUAGUGGGAGUGAGGAAUAGCCAGUCUGUACUGUACAAUGCGUAUUAUAUUUUAUUAAGUAACAGUUUGUUCUUUUUUUAUUAUUCAAAGUAUACUUUUUUUUCUUUCAUUUUUACUAUUUUAGGGGUGGGUGGGUUUGUGGCAGGGCUUGUCAUUGUAAGAUGUGGGGAAUAUAUGUAUCGGUGUGAUUUUUGUUCCCUGCCCCUUUGAUCUGUUAACCCAAACCACAGUUUAGCCCAGCUUUCCCAACACUAUUGUAUUCAUUCUCAAUACUUUACUUAGCUCUACUGUCCCAAUGUUUUCCUCUCCGUAAACUAAAAUACAAAAUAUAAAUACUAAACCGCUGUUUUCUUUUUCUGAGUCAACAGUAAUGUUGAGUUUCUCAGAAAGCAAAUAAAAAGAUAGAAAAUGUCCA